AACUCUUAAGCAAUGUGAGGAAAUGUCCACUAGUAAGGGGAAGAAGCAUAUUUGUGAAAUCUUUGAGAUAUGUGUACAUCUGAUUGAUACUUAAAAUGUAGUAUUUAUUUACGGUUUUGUUUUGAAGAAAAGUGCCUAUACUGUGUUAUUUGGUGAAUAAUCGUAAAGUUACUUUGAAGAAGUGCUUUUAAAGUGUAAACGUUACAUUUUUGUGUUUUAUUUUCGAUACGUUUUUGUCUCGCCAAUAUUGUUUAAAAAAUAACAUUAUAGAGUAUAAUCGGUAUGAAUGUUAAGCGAUGAAGAAACCACGUGUAGAACGGGAUCGCCUCCGGGAACGGGAGCGACAAGCUCGCGCUCAGAUGUCCUCCCAAGUUUCUGAAGAUACAGAAUCCGACGCAUCAGGGGCACCAUUGUUUGGUACUCCCAUAAAGGUAAAUCCAUCACCCGCCGAUCGAGUAACUCAACAAAUUCAGAGUAAACUAGGUGAUUACUCACGAGUUGUUCCUUAUCUUGACGGUGACCCUAAACGUCUUAUCGGUGUUGACGGCGUGCCUCCACCAAGUCCUGGUGGUUUGACUGUACCUCACCAUUCUUUCAUAUCGGUGUCACCAAGAUUGUCGUCGUUGAAUGAAAUAAGGCCUGAAUUUAAGAAACCCAUUCAGAAUAAUGUUAAAUCUUUUCGUAAUACUCUGUCGCCUAAAAGUUUCGUUAAACCGUUAGAAGCAAAAAUUUCUUAUGAAGGCUGUGGGGGUGCUUCCACGCAGUCUGUGAAACCCGGCAAUGGUAUUAAAAUGAAUGGAGUUUUGUAUUCUAAAAUCUCAGCACAAUCUUCUUUGGAAACUGUUUCGUCUCCCGCAUCGUCCACGACAAGCUCGAGUAGGAUGCAUGUACUAUCUAGGAAUUCUGUACCUACUUUACCUGAUCAGAACUUGCCGGAUUCUGCUAUAGGAGGUUCUGUAAUGAGCAAUACUGGAGUCCAAGAUGUUGAAAAUAUACUUAAGGAAAUGACCGAAGUUCAAACUCCUUUAACUGCUAUAGCAGCCACACCACGAACAGAACUAGACAAUAAAUUUACGUUCAAUCCAGCUAACACGAGGAUAUCCGAAUCAGCAACUUCACCAACAUUAAUAAAGCGACGUCCAACAUCACUACAGCCUACUUCAAUGAUUUUAUCUCCAAUCGCAUCAACUCCUGUCAGUAACUCAAAAAUGGACCGAGAACGUUCUCCUUGUUUCCCGGUAUUAAGUUCAUCAAGUGGAUCAUGUUCUGAUUCUGCUUCUGAUAGCGAUUCCAGUUCAAACGCGUCAGGAACUGGGACUCGUAAUUCAACCGACUCUAAAAUACGCCCUAUUUCGAAUCAAUCUUCUCAUGUUUCUCCAAAGCCCGAAGAAGCAAAAUUAAGGUGGAAUUUAGCUUCCUAUUUGGAUCAAAAUGGUGUAAAAAUGAAACACGACUUUUCUCCAUCAUCAAGAUCACCUUCUCGUAUCUCGUUAUUAGAUAACGAAGUAUCAAAUAAUAAUUGUUUAAAUUCCAAAAAUAAUUAUAAUUGUGAUAAAUCUAAUGAUGGAACCGAUUCGACGGAUAGUGCCAAGUAUGCAGAUUUAAUAAUUGCAGAGGCUUUGUCAAUAAAACCAAUGGAACCUCUGAUAUCCAGCUUUUCCGAUUCGGACAGUAGUGUUAAAUACGAAAGUAAAGAGAGAACUUUUCCGUCAGCAGCUGUUAUAUCUGAUAGUGAUAGUGACGAUGAGCAAAGGACUAACAAUAAAGUUUGUAGACCAGUGAAUCGUCCUAGUCCAAAAACUAAAUCUAACAAGUGGCUUAACGAAUCGGAUAAUAAUAAUUAUUUUCAAAUAAGUGACGUGAAAGGGUGUUUAUCACCAUUCAAUAAGCAAAACGUGUUUUCUAUUCCCAAAUCGAAAUCAAAUCGCGGUCGUCCAAGAAAAAAUAAACCUAAUAGUGGUUCUGAAGGUGAGGUUCGCAUUAAAAGAAGAGGAAGACCCCCUUUAAAUAAAAACCGCUAUUCAAUUAGUGGUUCGGACAACGAGAUAGUUUUCAAAAAAAGAGGAAGACCACCCAAUCGACCGAAAAGAGCAACGACACCUAGUACUUCUGAAGACGAAUCUUAUGCUCUCGAGAAAAUAAUUUCUUCUUCUUUACUGUCGAAAAAAUCUGUCAGCGAUUCUGGAACUAGAAAAACUAAAACACGUGGUAGAAACAAAAGUGAAGAGAGCAAUCUUAUGUCGCAAAAAUCAAAGUCGUGUGUUGAAGUGAAUGCCGUUGAUGAACGAGAACAGAAGAUACACCACCGAUGGGAUGAAGACAGCGGUUCUCCUAGAAAUGUUCAAGAAAAUGGUUCAGAUACCGCUACCGUUGGUCGUUAUAAAAAUCGUAAAAGUUCGAAUUUAUCCACUCGGAAGCAGUCUACGAAACUGAAAGUGUCUGAAAAAAAAUCUACAACUGUGGACGUAAAAUCGCCUCCUGAUACCUCUAGCAGCGAUUCAGAGAAUAAAUAUUCUAAUGUGUCUAUAUCGUCACGACAUUAUCCCAAAAGGCGCUGCUCUUCUAGUUCAGAAAGUGAUACUUCAAUUAAAAGGGAAUAUUCCAGUUCUCCUCACAACCAAAUCAAUAUAUCGCAAAUUUCGAAUAAAUCGGAAACUAUAGUCAAAUUAAACAAUGAAGGUAAAAAUAUUGCCGACAAAAAGAAAAGUGACACGUUACGGAAACUUUUUACUCCAAAAAGAGAUUCGGAAGGAGGAAAAGGCGGUGGUAAAGGUGGAGGAAAAGGUGGAAAAGGAAAAGGAGGUGUAAAUGUUAUAAGAAUAGACGAAAAUUACGAACAAAGUAGUUCAUCUGUAGACGAGGAAGCUGUACCGCCUAUUACGAAUCCCGUUUUAUUGUCUCCUAUCCCUACUACUGAAAUCCCGAAAAAAGAAUCGGUUUCUUCACUUGAAAAUAAGUACAACGUAGACGCGGUGAAAGACGCUGGAAAUGAGAAAAUAAGGGUAUUAGUGCGAAUUGAUUUAAAAAGAAUAGAUAUAACAAAACUUGCCAAAAUAAAUGAUCCUAAAAGGCAAAUAUUGGAAGAAAAACAAGAAAAAAUUGGAGAACAGUUAUUUCACAAUGCGUCCUCGGUCAAUAUUAAAACAGAAGCAAAUCAGCCAAAGCCUUGCACUUUCAAUUUGGAUUCUAGUGCUACAUACGUUGAUAACUCGAUAGUGCAGAGUGACGAUUUAGGAGGUAAAAAACAUGCCUUAAAAGACGAUAAAGUGAAACAAACAGAACAGACAAACAGUAAACGCAAAAGACGAACAAGUUGUAGUUCAGUCAGUUCACUAUCAACAAUAAGUAACAUUUCUCACGGUAGUGGCAGGCAAAAAGAGCACAAAAAAGAAAAAUGCGAUCAUAAAAGCAAACGACGAAAAGAUGAAAACAGCGAGAGGUAUCAAAAAACUAACAAGAACGGAAUAACCAUAAAAAAUUUUCGCAAUACCAAUCAUGACAGGAAAGAACCAAGAACACCACCACUUCCGCCCACGGAACAAACAAAUAAUAGCGAUUGGUCGAAGAACUUUCAACCUAUCAGAGAGUAUCACUCCUAUUUUGAACAAAUGGACGAACUUUCCGAUGACGAAGAAAGAGAUCAAAAUCGAUACCUUAAUGAAGCGAAGAGACUUAAACAUCUAGCUGAUAAAGAAACCGAUACAAUUAAACAAUGUAUGUUAUAUUUAGAAGCAGUCUUGUUCUUCCUUUUAACUGGUAAUGCAAUGGAACACGAAAGUGUUACUGAAAAGGCAGCUUUUACCAUGUAUAAAGACACCUUAAGCCUUAUUAAAUAUAUUUCAUCCAAGUUUCGUAAUCAUCAGGACACUUCUUCAUUCCAUACGAAACUCGCAAUUUUAAGUUACCGGUGUCAAGCCCUAUUGUACAACAAACUAUUUAAAAUGAGAAAACACGAAAUGAGAGACUACCAAAAACUCAUAAACGACUAUUGCACAAAGUCUGCAAAUGUGGCUCCCAUUCAGUCAGAUCACCAAGCGAUCAACGGACAGGGUACACCAUCAUUAUCACCUACUCCGUCUCCAGCUGGCUCGGUGGGUUCGGUUGGGAGUCAGUCAUCAGGAUAUAGCAGUGGAGAACUAACCAGAGGUAAUGCAAAUGGUCAACCUCCGCCUGCCGCUGCUACUACGACACCCUGUAUGUUAGUACCUGUAUCUGUAUAUAAUGCAAUGUCAAAACAAAAUCAACACAUCUCAUACCUGAUAUCCUAUCAGGACCUUUGGGACCAGGCUGAUUCUCUAAUCAUGAAAGGAAGACAUAAAAAUUUUUUUAUUGAACUGGACAGAAGUUGUAGACCCUUAACUCUCCACAGUUCGUUAAUAGAUUUGGUUAAAUACGUACGGUCAGGAAUCGCCAAACUUAAAAAGGACUAUUUAAAAUGAACGUUGAAAAACUACAAAUUAGUCAAUUUUUUGAGAUUGUUGACCCUAAUUUGUAAUCAUGACCGACCAUUUUUAAUGUUAAUAUAUUUAUAUGCGUUUAUAAA